UGCUCUUUGCCCCAGUCAGACCCUCUAUAAGCAUAUGACCGUGUUUCCUGGGAUCACUCCUGGGUACAGGCUGAUAGGACAAUGUCUCGGGCUGCGGACAGACUCAGACUGCUGAUCAGUCAUCUAGAUGGAUCUCCAGAUGGACUUAAAGCUGUUCAAACUUCUGCUCAAACUGUCACAUACAGUCACCCACAGAGGCUGAGGUACAGUGUUGAUACCUCUGACCUGCUGACCCCAGAACAGAGAUACUCAUACGAGGAAAAUGGCUUCAUCCUCAUCAAGAAUCUGGUGUCCGAAUACGACAUCGACAGGUUCAAGAGUGAGUUUGAAAGGAUCUCCCGACAGGACGUGAGGGUUCCAGGUCUGGUGGUGAUGAAGGACGUCGCAAUUGUGAAAUCAGAAUAUGUUCCAGAUCAGAGAGCAAUCUCCAAGCUCCAGGACUUUCAGGAAGAUCCUGAACUGUUUCGGUACUGCACCCUGCCAGAGAUUCUGAAGUAUGUGGAGUGUUUUACUGGUCCCAACAUCAUGGCCAUGCACACAAUGCUGAUCAAUAAGCCUCCAGAUGCAGGUAAAAAGACUUCUCGCCACCCGAUGCAUCAGGACCUGCAUUACUUCCCCUUCCGCCCAGCCGACAAGAUCGUCUGCUCUUGGACGGCGAUGGAGAAGGUGGACAGGAAGAACGGUUGCCUGGUUGUCCUGCCGGGAACACACACUGGUACGCUGCAGGAGCAUGACUACCCUGAGUGGGAGGGUGGUGUAAACAAGAUGUACCAUGGAGUGCGUGGCUACGACCCACAGCACCCAAGGAUACACCUGGAGAUGGAGAAGGGAGACACCGUCUUCUUCCAUCCGCUGCUGAUCCACGGCUCUGGCAUGAACCAGACACAGGGCUUCCGCAAGGCCAUCUCCUGCCACUAUGCCAGUGCUGACUGCUAUUACAUUGAUGUGAAGGGAACAACGCAGGAAAACAUUGAGAAAGAGGUGAAGGAGAUCGCAGCCAGGAAGUAUGAUAUCGGUGAAAUUUCCUUCGAGGAUACCUGGGCUUUCAGAGGCCGCCUGGUGCAAGGAGAGAGGACUUCACUUUGAAGACACUUCAGGUUGACUCCAAAAACCUGGUGCACCGUGACAGGAUGACCCACCACUGAGCUAACAUGAGAGUAAAUCGAUGAGAAGUAUUACCACAUGUUAACCUGAGACACAAAGGGUUUAAAGCUCCUCUUGAGUAAAAUGGAAAUCAUUUAUUUUCAUAUAUUUUCUUAUUAAUUUCUGUAGAUUAACAAAACUUCAGAGUUUGUGCUCACUGUAAUAUGUGGAGAUGUAAUUUGAGCAUGUUGUUCUCUUUAACAUGAAAUAAUGUUUAAUAUAAAAAUGUAUUUUACCUUAUACAGAAGUGGGUACACAGUCCUCUGGAGAAUCACACCUGACAUUCAGGACUACUCCAGUGAAUCACUUUACUGCACACAAAGCAGUUUUAGCAGCACUUAAUGGAAAGAAAGGAAUGUUAAAUUCAAAGAUAAAGAAGCUUACAGGACAUGAAAUGUUGAUGAAGAAAUGUAAGAAUUGUUGAGUGUGUGAGAGAGACAGCAAGUGAGAGAGAAGAUGCAAAGCAAUGUGUGAAUGAAGAUGUAAACAAUCAGAGAUAUCUGUAGCCUUUGCUGAUUAAAGCUCUCAGAGGCCUUUACCUGAUCCUGCCUUCUAAACCUA